UUCCCGCCUCCAUGGGCGGUACCGGCUGCCGAGGCGCGACCGGUGCCCCGAGCCCCCGGUCGGUGCCUCCGCGGCUCUACGCUCUCGGGGCUGGACCCGCUCCCCUUCCGGAGGUGGAAAAAGUUUGUGCGGCGUGGAGCGGAGCGCGGCGGAGCGACUAAUGAAGAAAAUACGUCCUGUGAAGAGUAAAAGUACUUGAUUCUGGGAAGACUCUUACAGCACUUCUAACUUCAAAGCUGGAGAAAAGUAUGAAGGAACAGUCCAUCUAACUCCCUCAGCAUCUCACACAGAACACAAAAUGUCUCUUCAGAAAAAAACUGUUGUUGAUGUCUUGGAGGAGUGGUGUUUGGCGGAACCACUGUUCGGUUGCAGGUGGCACCAGAAUGUCAGGAAAAAAAUGAGACUGAUACGAAUUGUAGGGCUCCUUGUCAGUGUAGCGGCCAUUAGUACUUUCUCACUUUCAAUGAGUGCCUUUUUCAAGAUGGAACCACAUAGCAUGGCACUGGUCAGCAGCCUAGAUAGCCAAAAGCUGGUGCAUGGGCACCAAAGAACUCUCUUGGAUUUCGCAGAACAGAAUGAAAACGGCACUCCAGAUCCACAUGCUUCUAUGAAAUAUGAAGCUGGACAUGACAAUGAAACAGAUGAUCAUGCAAAGGGAGAGUACCCCGAGGACCUUUUCUCUCUUGAAGAGAGAAGACAGGGAGCAGUGAUCCUCCAUAUAAUUGGAAUGAUUUACAUGUUUAUAGCCUUAGCCAUAGUCUGUGAUGAGUUCUUUGUUCCUUCCUUGACUGUCAUCACUGAAAAACUGGCCAUUUCUGAUGAUGUGGCAGGGGCAACCUUCAUGGCUGCUGGUGGGUCAGCCCCAGAACUCUUCACUUCUUUGAUAGGAGUGUUUAUAUCCCACAGCAACGUUGGCAUUGGUACAAUAGUGGGAUCUGCCGUGUUCAAUAUCCUAUUUGUUAUUGGAAUGUGUGCUUUAUUUUCUAAAGAGAUCUUGAACCUUACUUGGUGGCCACUUUUUCGAGAUAUGUCCUUUUACAUCAUUGACUUGAUCUUGCUAAUCAUCUUUUUUCUGGAUAACUUCAUAAUGUGGUGGGAGAGCAUAACACUCCUGACAGCAUAUUUUUUCUAUGUGACAUUUAUGAAGUUCAAUGUCCAAGUAGAAGAAUUGGUGAAGAAAUUUUUAAACAGGAACAAGGUUGAGAAGGUAACGACAGAUGCUGAAGGAAAGUCACCUAAUGCUGGAGACAAGGAUGACCAAACGUUGACGACCAAGCCACGUCUCCAGAGGGGAGGAAGCUCUGCAUCUCUCCACAACAGUCUAAUGAGGAACAGCAUCUUCCAGCUCAUGAUUCACACACUUGACCCACUUGCCGAAGAGCUUGGAUCAUAUGGAAACCUAAAAUAUUAUGACACAAUGACUGAAGAAGGAAAGUUCAAGGAAAGGGCCUCAAUUCUGCAUAAGAUUGCCAAAAAAAAGUGCCAGGUGGAAGACAGUGAAAGGCAGAAUGGAGCUGCUAAUCAUGAGAAAGGUGCAAAAGUGGAAGUUGCAGUAACACCACCGAGUGAUUCAGGACCAGUGCAGAAUGGAAUCGCCCAUAAUGUUGAAGAGAGUGAAGAGGAUGAGGAGGAGCAGCCUCUCAGCUUGGCCUGGCCUGAAACCCCACGCAAGCAGGUCACCUAUCUUCUCGUGUUGCCCAUUGUUUUUCCACUGUGGGCUACCCUGCCAGAUGUUAGAAAACCUACAUCAAGAAAAUUUUUUCCUAUCACGUUUUUUGGCUCUAUCAGCUGGAUUGCCUUCUUUUCUUACUUGAUGGUCUGGUGGGCCCACCAGGUUGGAGAGACCAUUGGUAUUACUGAAGAAAUCAUGGGUUUAACUAUUCUAGCUGCUGGCACAUCCAUUCCUGACCUUAUUACCAGUGUUAUUGUAGCACGCAAAGGUCUGGGGGACAUGGCUGUAUCCAGUUCUGUUGGAAGCAACAUAUUUGACAUCACGGUGGGCCUUCCUCUUCCAUGGCUCCUGUUCGCUGUGGUAAACAGCUUUGCGCCAGUGACAGUCAGCAGCAAUGGUCUGUUCUGUGCGAUUGUCCUCCUCUUCAUCAUGCUGCUCUUUGUCAUCCUCUCCAUUGCUUCCUGCAAGUGGAGGAUGAAUAAAAUCCUGGGUUUCCUCAUGUUUGGGCUUUAUUUUGUGUUCCUGAUUGUCAGCGUCCUUCUGGAGGACAAAGUGAUCCAGUGUCCUGUCUCCAUCUAGUGGAAAGUGAUGUUUCUCUACAGAAAAAAAAAAAAAAAAAAAAAAAAGAAAAACCAAAACAUAUAUAUUUAUUAAAGAAAAGAUACAUAUGUCAAAACAAAACAGCGAAAAGAAACCACAGUGGAAAAUUGCAGCAGGAAUAACCCAUGGAUCUGAAAAUUUUCUCUUCCUCAAUUUUAAGAGUGAAAGAAAGAAUGGGAUACAAAGGGUCAGCCUCAGAGCUGAAGAACGGCUGCUGCAGGACAGUGCAGUUAUGCUGAGUCCGGGUGCACCGAAGGUUCCUCUGCUGCAGAACGUCCUCGCCGCUCAGCACUGGGCACGCGACGUACGCAACACUGACAGUUCUGCUUCUCCUCUGCCUACAGAACCUGCCCACAGACUUCCUGCUCUCUGUAGUAGUAUACACAGACACACAGUGUGCUCGGUUCUUAAAGCUUCCAAGAGGAAUGCUAAUAUUAACUUUGUGGAGGCACCACCCCCCACACACCCUGGUACAGGAUUUUUCUGAUAACCUGCUGAAACUCCUGAGUGGAAAGCAUACACCAAGUGAUGAGUCACGAACAGGGAAGGGCUGUUAUGUCUCUUCAUGUAAGUGGAUUUAUCUGAUUUAUGUGAUUUGUGUGAUUUCAGCAAAGCCAGGGAAUUCAUCAGUGUUUUGAUCAUCUGCAUCACAGGUCCAUAAAGGCAAUCAGCAGGAUGUUAAUGGUGUUUUUUUACAUCUUGCAAAACUCUUCAGGUUCCAGAAACUCUGGCACUGAAGGAGCCAUGAUGCCUGACCAUUUUGUAACUGGUGCAGAUUUUCAUUGCAUUCUCAUGCAAAGACCAGAAUGGGGAUAAUCUUUCUUCUCUAAUAGCAACGCAGCAUGCAGUGACAUCAUACAGCUAUGUGAACACACCAUUUUUUCUAAUGCAGCAAUAUCAACAGUACCAAUGGCUUUCAGAUGCUGUUAUGAGUUUGCCUUUUCAUGCCAGAAUAAAAAGGCUAAUUUGCUUAUGCAUAGUAUUUCAUACAGAAAAUAGAAGUAGUUAUAAAGUGGCAGCCUAAUUGCUAAAUGAAUAUAUAAUUUAUAGGCUUUCACUAUUACUUGGAGUAUAAGGACCUUCACAGCUACAUAUAGUUAUUGCUGGAAGAGAUCUCCAGCUGUUGUAUAAAGCUGGGAAGCUCACAUUUGCUGUUAGAAAUCUUGAAACUAGUUAGGAGAAAUACAAUUUAAAUACAGUGGAGCUGCAGGAAACUUACAUGAAAAUUCUUCAGUGUUGCUGGAAGUGUACAUGUCUAAAGAAAGGAAGGAGUGAAAAUGUAACAUCCUUUUUCGGAGAUACUGAGAGAGAGAAGGUCCAAACCUAGAGCAGAAAAAAACAAGAAGGGAGAAAGCAACCAACUUUCUGUAGUUUGGCUGAUUUUUUUUUUUUUUUUUUUUUUAAUGAGAGGACUGGAAUGAAUGUUAAGAAAUUAUUUAUAUAAUCAUCAUUUGUUUGUUCAAGUUUUUUGUGCAAUUAAGAGUUCAUGAAGUUUCAGUGCAUUUUUGUGACCUAUUUCAGCAUUGUUUUAUAUGUAUCUUGUGCUCACAAUGGCAAUGCCAUUCUCACAUCUGUGUAACAGAAGUCUCAGCACAUUUUGUCUUGUCUGUUUUUCUCUGCUCCACACUAUUUGUUUCUCACUCAUCCCCUUUUGUCCUCUACUAUUUUCCUGUAAUAUGUGUUGUAUGUAACAGUGUAUGAUUAGAAAGUAAGGACUUGACAGAAAACAAUGGUAAAGAAAACAGUACAAAAUUCAUAUUAGGAAUGUUAAUAUUAUGUGCUAUCAUGAAGAAAAAAGUGAGCUGUUAAUGAAAUAAACGAAGGAUACUAGGAGGUGCAAUGUCUGCUACUCAUGUAUUGUCCUAAGUCCUAGCUACAUGCAGUAUUUGAUCUUAACCACACAACAAGCAACGUCUCUUACUUAGGGCUUUUUGGAGUGAGCUUCUCACACUGAGAGCAAAACUUGUCUUUGUAUUCAAGAUCCUUUACUGGUGCAGAAUCCUUACCUGUCUUAACGAUAGUGCUGCCCAUCUCUAACAUUUGUUCCUACGCGAUGGAAAGGUGGGUGUAUCUACAUAACUGUGGUGCCCUCUACUGACAGAAUAGCAACCUAAAGCAAGUUCGUAACCCAAAAUCUGACCUCAACCAAAACGUGUGCUCCAAAAUACAGAGCUGACUCCAUAGUACAAUCUAUUCCAGAGGAGUCACCAGAUGCUUUUGUUUCUGAUGACAGUGCUCAAAACAGGAAAUUAUUUCCCAAGUAAGCAGAAUCAUACAUAGGAGUGAUCUAAGGGAAGGGCUAUGUAUGCAGGCGCUUUCAAAAUACUGCAAUGCCCAGAUUCACUGAUCUGACAUUUCAAAUCAAGAAAUCAAGAAAUGAGACCAGAUUUCAAAUCAAGAAAUCAAGAAAUGAGACCAGAGUCCAAUCUCUAUUUAGUACACGAAUUUUUAUUUUUUUUUUUUUAACUUCAUGCCAUCAUGGUGUAACAACUCCCACACUGAAAAAAGAAAACUCCUACCUGACCUUCAGAGCUCUAAGGGCAUUCUGCUGCACUCAGAGCAUCAGCAGCAGAGACUGCUGCCCCACUGAGGGCAGGUAGGGAGUAGACAGUAACUGGCAUCAGCAGCUUAUAGGAAUAUGUAUACCAUUAAGGAAAUGUGUCUCAUUUCUUUCCCAUGUCUGUUUAUCCCUGUCACAUUUUUAUCUAAGAAGGUAUUGAAAACAACUCUUCCUUCUCCAGAAUAAGACACUUCAUGGCUCCCACUGCCUUGUAGCUGUUGGGCAGAUCAUUUUUCAAAUGGCUAAAUAACUGUACCAGUGGUACCUCAGAUCCAGAGGUAAUUGGACAUAUUUCAGUUGUGUGCCGCUUUCUGCAAAGGCUGUCUGUGAGCAAUGUUUAUACUUGCCAAGGCACCUUUCUACUGCAGGUCUAAACUGUUUGUGGAUUCUUGGAUGCUGAUGUGCUCUUUGAUUACAAGACAACAGCUCUGCUGGCUACUAGAGAAAAAGAGGAGUGGCAUGGAGGGAGAAGCUUAGUCCCUUAUCCUGUACAGAAGGAAUUCAGUCUUAAACUAGAAUGUUGAGAAAAUAGUCAAAAGCAGCUCAUACCCGGUGACUGGUUGUCAGUGAGUUGUCCAGGCUUAAUGCUGCCAGAAACACACACACUUGUUGCAAUAUUCCUAUUUUGCAAUUUCAGCAAAUUUUCCAGCAUAAAGAGUUUAUCAUUGUUCAUAAUUAUUUCAGUGUGGGAUCAUAAACUCUUCUCAACAUUGCACACCUAGAAGUCAAAGUUCUAUUUUCUUCAGCCAAAGUUCUGAAUGACUUCCCAAGGGAUCUGGUCCUUCACACCGCCCAAAUUCUACAGCAAGCUGGUUGGUGUUGAAGCCUCUUCCACCUGCUUGUAUGCCUGUGCUUACUUACUCAAGUGAUCCUGCUGCCUGCAUAAUCCUUAUGAAGUAUAAAUGAAUUAACAGAAAAAUUGGCACAUAUAAAGAUCCUGUUCUAGCUUAGCGCUUUCAGGACACCAGCUUAGAAACACAGAAUUAAGAUAAGUAUGCAACUAAUCCUCUGUGGCACCAUCAUCUCUGAAUGGAAUCAAUGUUGAACACAAUUUUUUGAAGGGAUUUCUGGUAGCAUUUGAAUAGAAUUGUGGUUCAGACUGUAGCCAGUUUUAAAGGUCUUCUGCACUAACUUCAUUGGAAUUAAAUAUGAGAAUGGGCCCCAAAGGUACAAAAUAUCACGGGAAUUCUACAACCAUUUUCUGUUUUCCCUCUGCAUAAGCCACCCUAGUCACAGCCUGGUAAAAGCUAUAGAUUAAAAGUGUGGUGUGAAGAUUCUCUCCUUAAGAACUACAUGUAGACAUGGAAAAGCCUUUCAGCAAAGCUCUAUGUAUUUUAAAUUAACUAUUUUACUGAAAGCUAGUGCUUUCUUAUAGUGCAGACAGGCUCUUGUGUCUGUAUACUUCUGCUUAUGUAUCCAGUUGAUGUGGCUGACUGCAUAAACUUCAUGAAGCAUAAAGCACAGUGGGUGACAAGCAACCUUAUCUAGGUGUCAUUUGUUUGUAAUGGCAAUGAACCUAGCAUAUAAUUUCCACAUAUACUACUCUGAAGUAGUUUAUGGUCACUGUCACUCAUGGUACUGUUGUGUGUGGAUAUGAAGGUCCACAAAGUGGUAAAUUAAACAUGUAGUUAAUCCAAGUACAGUGAAAAAAAUAGAUGCUUAGAAAUAUUAUUAACGUUUGGGUGUUUUUUAAGGGAUUAUUUCUCUGGUUGUCUUUUACUUCAUUACAUAUUUUGCAAAAAAGGGGAUAUUCAAUGUUUUUUAAUUAUUAUUCUUUCAGCAGUAAUUCCUUAAAAUAGCAUCUUGUGGUCCGUAUAACUUAUGUUCUGAGUCAGGUAUGAGUCUGUAUGUGAUGGUUUCUUUAUUUGUAACAAAGAAAUAAUCCCUCUCUGAGAACUGGCCCAAUGAAAUACAGAAGAAUUCAGCCAUUAAUCUGUGCAAGAUGGAAACUUUUAUCUUAGAUUCCCAUAUUUCAUAAAUGCGUACUUCAUAAAGUUACAUAACAAACCUAAUUGUCCUGGGAGCUAUGUACAAAGAGACAAAUUACAUUUACUUGUAUUCUUGGAAAAAAUUUUACCUCUUGUAAACAAUAAUGACACAACUAACUGAGAAAGAGGCAUGGUUUGCGAAUUGAAGAAUUUGCACCUGGAAAAAUACUUGCAGAAAGUGAAUUUGAGUAUCAAAUGGGAUAGUUUGCACUCAACUCUCAACUUCUCUCAGUGUGGAGAAGAAUCCUGCUCCAGUCCUCCAAAAGCCACAGGUUUCAUUCCUGGUUGAUGUUAAAAUUAUCCUUCUUGGGUCUGUUGCCGUCAGUUACAGGAAUAUUGGUGUUGAGAUAUCUGCCAUUUCUGUUGGAACUGGAGAGAGCCACCCCCAAACUGAAGUUUUGCAGUUCAGCACACCCAUUAGAUGCAGCAGUCACAUAUGGCUCACAGCUGGGUAGCUCAGACAGGCCAUCCUGCAGUGUGUGCUGGGUGUCAGUGUGCAGCAUCCCAGGACUUGUCUGCCUGGAUGGGUGCAGAUAGUUUGGGCCUUCCCCUGCCUAUGAUCCUGCUUGACCGGAUGCAAGCCGCAUCUUCUCCACAUGGCAUGUCACCACAUUAGCAUGGACUGAGCCCAUGCUCCAGCCAGCCAGACAUAGGUCAGCCCCAGCCUAGAAGCCAUGUAAUCCCUUUGAGUGUGGGUAGACCAGGCACAAAAUUGGCCAUAUAAUUGCUACAUGAGCCAUAAGUGAAACAACCCAGGACAAGAUAGAGUAAUUCAAGAUUGGUAAAUGAACUGUACAUUCAUGUAGAUUUAUUGUAAAUUCUCCACUCAUGAAACACAAAACCAAUCUAAACAAUGAAAUUUGUACACAUUUUUAAAGAUUGUGCACUUUACUAUUUUAUUUUUACUUUAUGUCACAUAGUUGUCUUAAUGCAAAAAGAAGCCAUAAAAGAACCCAGAAGACUAGUAUGGGGUUUUUAAGUAAGGGGAUCAUUAAUUUCAAAGUAAAAAAUCAAUUCCAUGUCUCUGUUUAAGGUAUAAUGUCAAAUACUGACAAAUAAAUGUAGAGUAAAGAAGGAUCUGGUUUUGCCUUAGAGAUGCUGUGAGUAAGUUGGGGGAAUUUACUUCUCAUACUCUUGAGUUUUCCUGUGGGGCUGUACAAAAUGCUGCACACUACCUUUGCAGCAGGGACUCAAUCCUGCUACCCUUGUUCACCCCAGGAGAAGGAAUAAAAUGCUUACAGAAUCAGGCUCAAUGAGGCAAUUAAAUAAUUCUGCUACUCUGAUGUUUUCUCCCACUGAGAUCACAGUAAAGGAAGCUCCUUAUGUUUUAGUAAGUUUAUAAGAGAUGCAUUGCUUUUGUCAGUUUUUCAAAAAUUUUCAGGGUCAGGUUGUCCAAUAGAAAUCAAUCAUUUAUUUUAAUCCCUUAUCAAAAUUAAGUAAUGCCAAAGCAUUUCACUUGGUUUUGUGUUAAUUUCCAUUAUCAGGAUCUCUGUUGCAGUUUUAAUUUUGCAACCCUGAUUCUGGGGACUUGACUUACAUAAAUUAAAAUUAUUUCUGUCACGUAAGAUGGCAAGAUCAGGACAUGGUAUUGUGAUGUGAAAAUAGCAGUGUGUUAUAACUGACAAUCAGAGGCUAUUUUUGUAAUAAAGUGUUUCUAGCAUGUUUGUUUCACUUUGUGGUUUUCAUUCUCUUAUCAUCCAUCAUUUUCAACCUAUUGUAAGAAAAAUCUGAAGUCCCCCAUCUUUACUAAUUUCAAACUUUAAAAGUAAAAAUACAUUUUCAUGUAUUUUUUAUUUUGCAAGUCCAGGCAACCCCCCGAAAAUUCCAAUUUUUUUCAUGUGUUUAAGUGUAUGGAUCAUUAUUCACUAGAUGAUACUCUUGUAUCUCUGAAUCAGUAUAUUUUCUGUGAAUACAAGUUUGUAUAUAGUAUGAAAGUUACCUUUAUUUGUAUAUAGGCUCUUGGAAAUAAUCCCUUCUAUCAGGGUCCUACUUCACUAUCAACAGAAUGUUUCACAGUGGCGUGCACACUUUCUCACCUUAUCAUAUUAAUACAGAGUUCUUCAUAUAAAUCACUUAAUGUAACUGAGUUGUCUAAGUGUGAAUAACAAUAACAACAAUAAAUACUAAUAAAAAGAA